AUGAACGGAUUCGAAAAGCAUAGCCUCGAUGAGGACAACUUCGGUGCCAAGGGCAGCGUCGUCAGCGCGUUUGACGCCUUCCCCAAAUCCAAACCCGAAUACGUUACCCGCACCGCUGGCGGCGGCAAAUGGACUGUCGCCAUGAUCUUCAUCUCUCUCGUCCUCAUGGGCUCCGAGGUCGCUCGCUGGUGGCGCGGCCAGGAGACGCACAACUUCGCCGUCGAAAAGGGCAUCUCCCACGACAUGCAAAUCAACCUCGACGUCGUCGUCAACAUGCUCUGCGCCGACCUCCACAUCAACGUCCAGGACGCCUCGGGCGACCGCAUCCUCGCCUCCGCCAAGCUGCACCGCGACCCGACCACCUGGUCCCAGUGGGUGGACAAGGCCGGCGUCCACAAGCUCGGCCACGACGCCCACGGCCGCGUCAACACCGGCGAAGGCUGGACGAGCCUUGCCAACAACGAAGAGGGUUUCGGCGAGGAGCACGUCCAUGACAUUGUCGCCCUCGGCAAGAAGCGCGCCAAAUGGAGCAAGACGCCGCGCUUCUGGGGCACCGCCGACAGCUGCCGCAUCUACGGCUCCCUCGACCUCAACAAGGUCCAGGGCGAUUUCCACAUUACCGCCCGCGGUCACGGAUACAUGGAAUAUGGCCAGCAUCUGGACCAUAAGCAGUUCAACUUUUCGCACGUCAUCUCCGAGCUCUCCUACGGCGCCUUUUACCCGUCCCUCGUCAACCCCCUCGACCGCACCGUCAACGUCGCCAGCGCCAACUUUCACAAGUUCCAGUACUACCUCUCCGUCGUCCCCACCGUCUACAGCGUCGGGAGCAGCACCAUCCAGACCAACCAGUACGCCGUCACCGAGCAGAGCAAGGAGAUUGACGAGCACGCCGCAAUUCCCGGCAUCUUUGUUAAGUACGACAUUGAGCCGAUCCUGCUCGCCGUCCACGAGUCCCGCGACAGCUUCAUCGUCUUCCUCAUCAAGCUCAUCAACGUCGUCAGCGGCGUCCUCGUCGCCGGCCACUGGGGAUACACGCUGUCUGAGUGGUUCGUCGAGGUGAUUGGCAAGAGACGCCGCACCAGCGGUGGUGAGGGCGUCCUCGGCACCAAGGGCGGAUACGAUGACUAG